CGGGUCAAAGGGUUUUCAUGGUCAGUUUUUCAGCCCUGCCAGUCAGCCACUAAGCCAGCAGUUGCAGAGAUGGAGAGAGAGAGAGAGAGAGAGAGAGAGAGAGAGUGCUCAGCUAACCGGCGUGUGAGAAUUGCGUCCUUUGUGCAACUCGUCUCAUCUACAAAAUUUCCUUCCAAGUCGAUGCUCCAGCUACCCAAUUUAAUCGAGAUUGAUCCACUGCUUGGCCCGGAGCUUGACAGAGCCAUUUCGAUUAAAUCCCCGUUUGCUUAGUCCUCCAGCGACCUAGGUACAAACCAUGGAAGCAAGAGAAGAAGCAGGUCUGUCGAAAUCGACGGCGGUGUUAUCCUGCACCGCCAUGGCCUUGUUAUACGUCGGGAUUCUAUACACUCCCACUCUGAUCCUCCGCCUCCCUCAACCUUCCUCAUUCAAGGAGUUCCUGCUCCGCCGAUUCGUCUGCGCCGCCAUCGCUUCCGUGGUCUCUGUUGCUGCCUGUGCUCUUAUUCUGCCGGUGAACAUCAAGGAGAUACCUUCUCUUUUAGGCAUCUAUGGAGUUCGAAUGGAUCAUGUUUGGCAAGCUGUUGUCUACCCUCUUUGCUUGACUUCCUUAAUGUACGCGGGAUCAAUGGUCCUUAAGCUUUUGUUGGUGGUGGAAGCAAUGAAGGAACAUAUGGAUCGAGGUGGAGGUGUGCUUGAUUUUGCUCGAGAUCUACUGCAAAACUUUGGUUCUUGGGUCUCUUCAGCCGUCUCUAAUAUCUUGGCUUGGCGUAAUUUGAUUGUGGCGCCAGUGACUGAGGAAUUGGUGUUUAGAGCAUGUAUGAUUCCUUUACUCCUAUGUGGAGGAUUCGAGCCCUACAUUGUCAUUGGCCUGUGCCCUAUUCUUUUCAGCUUGGCACAUUUGAACCAUUGGAUGGAGAUUUACUGCCAGCAGAACUACAGUGUGAUUAAAGCAUCCAUGGUUGUAGGUCUCCAACUCAGCUACACUGUGAUUUUUGGUUCCUACGCCUCAUUCCUAUUCAUUCGAACAGGACACCUUGUUAGCCCGUUACUUGCCCAUGUGUUUUGCAAUUUCAUGGGGUUGCCAGUGUUUUUUGCAAGGAAGAAAGGAGGGAUGGUGGCUUUGGUAUUUGCAGCCGGAGUUAUAUCUUUUAUCUGGCUCCUUUUUCCACUAACACAACCAGAUUUGUACCAUGAAAGAACAGAUGAUUGUAGAUGUUGGCACGGAUUCUGUUCCUGGAAUUAAAGUCUGUUCAGGAUUUUAUUUACUUAGAGGGUUGCACUUAGCUGAAUGAUUUUUGGACUUUUCUGAAUCGAUUAUGCUUUGUUCCAUCCAAUGAGCAUUAAUUUGGGGUUGAUAACCCUUUGAUCCUCGAGGGCGCACUUGAACUGGGAGAUGCGAGUGAAGAGAUUGAAAGGGGAUCGAGAUUGUUGGAAACGAACCCUUUGAGGUACAGUUCUUUCCGUGCAGGAACGGGCACCUGUUAUAGACUGAGAUUCAGCUUACCGGCCAGGGCCAGGAACGUCUCUUUGGUCCCUUACUCAUCCUCUUCUCCCGCUCUUGCUUCUACUUCGCUUGUGGCAACGAAGUUGUCCUCGACUUCUUCUUUGCAUGGUAGCUAUCGGCAUUAGCUGCAGCGAUCUUUGAGCUUCUACUUCGUCGUCAGAUUCCUCCGGCGGUGGAGCCAAUUGGGUGCCUUUCUGCAAUGAUAGCCUGAGUGUACAUGCUAGAGUGGGUGCUAUCCAUUGGAAGGUUAUAAGCAAGGUUGUCAACCCGCGGGUCGACCCGGAUCCGGCCUUGAAAACGGGUUAAAAUAGCUCAUUUGAGAGUUAGUGCGGAAAUGGUCAAACUUGAAAAAAUCCAGUCCAACCUGGACGGUUGGCCUUUCCAAGCGGGUCAGCGGGCUGCUUGUUCCAAACUGUCGUUGAAUUUUUACUAUGAUGAAUUUAUGUUGAUGUUAUUUAAGUGUGUUGGAAUUUAA